UUUGCGAACGACAUGCUCGCUUCGUGGCUGACUCAGUUUGUCUUUGUGACGCUCACUGUAUUCCUGGUGUUUGUGGUGGCGAACCAAAACUUUUGUGCAAGCGUUUUAGAAACUCAAGUGGAUUUUGCCUUACUCGGUCAUGUCAUCAACAAAACUGAUGUUUUCGACGAGUUCGAAUGUAACCUAAAGUGUAUUGGAAACAGGCGUUGCAAGUCGUGUAAUGUUCAUCCCAAUGGCAAUGAUGCGGGUAAGCGUCUUUGUGAGCUGAAUAGCAAAACCCGACAGAUGAGGCCAAGUGAUUUUAAACGAAAGAUAGGAUCUACGUACUAUAGCUCAGUUCAGGGUAAUUGUGUCGAUGUUUCUCAUGAGCGAGAACGAAAAAUGGCAGGUCAGUGUCAUCCCAGAUACAAAGGAAGCUGGUGUCAAACACGUAACUGA